AUGAUUGAUUACAUUGCCUUUUGUUUCAAAUUGCCAGCAUUCUUUCAGAUUGGACAUCCUAUAUACUCUUCAAAGAUGGUGCGGUUCCGGAUGGGCCAUUGCAAACUUCCUCGUCCAUCAGAGUCAUUUAUCACAGAUGAUGAUGAUAACCAAGCAGUAAUUGCUGAUGAAAACUACAUCUGGACUUACACCUCGCCUGAGUUCCUGAUGUUACAGGAAAAUAAACUGCAGACGUUUAAACUCCCGCGCCCAGCCCUGUGCAUUGGUGGUGUAGUAAAGAUUGAGCUGCUGGGAAGAGUGCAGAAACAAGCAACAGAUGAUAGGUAUUACAUAUGUGUCUGCCAUGCUCAAGUGGUCGGGCGUUCGCUCUCACCAGUCUUCAUGGUCAACAUCAACGACUCGGCUGGCUACUCCAUCCUCAAGCACCUGCCAGAGGCCAAGAACCUCAGCGUGGAGGAACUGAUGCAGGACAGCGCUAGUGACUCGCAGGAGUGGAAGGACGCUUUGGCCAGCUACAGGGAGACGGGGCAUCUGGCCACCGCCCUCCUGAACGUGCUCCACGAGGGGCCGGCGCACCCCGCGCAGGACGCGCCGCAUGGGGCGGCGCUCCUGCAGGAAAUCCAGGCAAUGCAGGGAGACGCGGACCUCAUGCAGCAGCUGCAGGUGGACGCGCAGCUCCUGUAUUUGCUGCAGGACGGUGUGCUGCAGCUGCAGGAUGAAGACGGUCUACAGGCCAUGGAGGAAGAUGAUGAUGCGGACGGCGGCGGCGGCGUGUCGGACAACGACCCCUUCGCCUAG